CCGAGGGAGGCCGCGAUGGAGGUGCAGGCGGGGGAGUCCCCGGCUCGGGGCUGCGGCCCCCCGCCCGCCCCCGCUCCGGAGAGGAAGAAGAGCCACCGCGCGCCGUCGCCGGCCCGGCCCAAGGACGUGGCCGGCUGGUCGCUGGCCAAGGGCCGCCGCGGCCCAGGCCCGGGCGCAGCCGCCUGCAGCGCCGCGUCCUCGGCGCGGCCAGACAAGAAGGGGCGUGCGGUGGCGUCCGGGGCGCGGGGCUCAGGGACCCGGGUGGCCGGUGUCCGUACUGGGGUCCGCGCCAAGGGCCGUCCGCGCCCGGGGACCGGGCCGCGACCGCCACCACCGCCGCCCAGCCUCACCGACAGCAGCUCGGAGGUGUCGGACUGCGCGUCGGAGGAGGCGCGCCUGCUGGGCCUGGAGCUGGCGCUGAGCAGCGACGCUGAGUCGGCGGCCGGGGGCCCGUGUGGGGCCCGCACCGGGCAGCCGUCCCAGCCCCCGCCGUCCGCACAACAGCCUCCGCGGCCCCCCGCCUCCCCCGAGGAGCCGUCGGUGGCCGCGUCGUCGGUGGGGAGCAGCCGCCUGCCACUCAGUGCCUCACUCGCCUUCUCCGACCUCACUGAGGAGAUGCUGGACUGCGGGCCCGGCGGCUUCGUGCGAGAGCUGGAGGAGCUGCGCUCAGAAAACGACUAUCUCAAGGACGAGAUUGAGGAGCUGCGGGCAGAGAUGCUGGAGAUGCGGGACGUCUAUAUGGAGGAGGAUGUGUAUCAGCUGCAGGAGCUGCGGCAGCAGCUGGACCAGGCCAGCAAGACCUGUCGCAUCCUGCAGUACCGGCUGCGCAAGGCUGAGCGCCGCAGCCUCCGCGCUGCCCAGACUGGCCAGGUGGACGGCGAGCUCAUCCGUGGCCUGGAGCAGGACGUCAAGGUCUCUAAGGACAUCUCUGUGCGGCUGCAUAAAGAGCUCGAGGCGGUGGAGAAGAAACGGGCGAGGCUGGAGGAGGAGAAUGAGGAGCUUCGGCAGCGGCUCAUUGAGACCGAGCUGGCCAAGCAGGUGCUGCAGACGGAGCUGGAGCGGCCGAGAGAGCAUUCCUUGAAGAAAAGAGGAACCCGCUCCCUUGGGAAGACGGACAAGAAACCUUCCGUGCAGGAGGACAGUGCCGACCUGAAGUGCCAGCUGCACUUUGCAAAGGAGGAGUCGGCCCUCAUGUGCAAGAAGCUCACCAAGCUGGCCAAGGAGAAUGACAGCAUGAAGGAGGAGCUGCUCAAGUACCGCUCGCUGUACGGGGACCUGGAUGGCGCCCUGUCGGCCGAGGAGCUGGCGGACGCACCCCACUCGCGGGAGACCGAGCUCAAGGUUCAUCUGAAGCUGGUGGAGGAGGAAGCCAACCUGUUGAGCCGCCGCAUCGUGGAGCUGGAGGUGGAAAACCGCGGCCUGCGGGCCGAGAUGGACGACAUGAAGGAUCACGGCGGCGGCUGCGGGGGCCCCGAGGCCCGCCUGGCUUUCUCCGCUCUGGGCGGUGGCGAGUGCGGGGAGAGCUUGGCGGAGCUGCGGCGACACCUGCAGUUCGUGGAGGAGGAGGCCGAGCUGCUCCGGCGCUCCUCAGCCGAGCUGGAGGACCAGAACAAGCUGCUGCUGAGCGAGCUGGCCAAGUACCGCUCGGAGCACGAGCUGGACGUGACGCUGUCGGAGGACAGCUGCUCCGUGCUCAGCGAGCCCUCGCAGGAGGAGCUGGCAGCCGCCAAGCUGCAGAUCGGCGAGCUCAGCGGCAAGGUCAAGAAGCUGCAGUACGAGAACCGGGUGCUCCUCUCCAACCUCCAGCGCUGUGACCUCGCCUCCUGCCAGAGCACGCGGCCAAUGCUGGAGACGGACGCCGAGGCCGGGGACUCGGCCCAGUGUGUGCCCGCGGCACUCGGCGAGACCCACGGACCCCACACUGCCCGGCUCUGCAGGGCCCGGGAGGCCGAGGCGCUGCCGGGGCUGAGGGAGCAGGCCGUCCUGGUCAGCAAGGCCAUCGACGUCCUGGUGGCCGAUGCCAACGGCUUCACGGCCGGCCUCCGCCCGUAUCUGGACAACGAGUGUGCCGACUUUCGGCUGCACGAAGCCCCCGGCAACAACAGCGAGGGCCCCAGGGACACCAAGCUGAUCCACGCCCUCCUUGUGCGGCUGAGCUUGCUCCAGCAGGAGCUCCACGCCUUCACGCGGAAGGCGGACUCGGUCCUCGGGGGACCCAACAAGGAGCAGCCAGAGCCCUUCUCGACGCUGCCCGCCUUGGGCUCCCAGGGACCCUCCAAGGAGAUUCUUCUGGCCAAAGACCUUGGCUCAGACUUCCAGGUGCAGCCACCUGACCUCAGGGACCUGCCGGAAUGGGAGCCCAGGAUACGAGAGGCCUUCCGCGGCGGCGACUUGGACUCCAAGCCCGACCCCAGCCGGAGCUUCAGGCCUUACCGAGCUGAAGACAAUGAUUCCUAUGCCUCUGAGAUCAAGGAGCUGCAGCUGGUGCUGGCUGAAGCACAUGACAGCCUCCGGGGCCUGCAAGAGCAGCUCUCCCAGGAGCGGCAGCUGCGGAAGGAGGAGGCUGAAAACUUCAACCAGAAAAUGGUGCAGCUGAAGGAGGACCAGCAGAGGGCACUCCUGCGGCGGGAGUUUGAGCUGCAGAGUCUGAGCCUGCAGCGGAGGCUGGAGCAGAAAUUCUGGAGCCAGGAGAAGAACAUGUUGGUUCAGGAGUCCCAGCAGUUCAAGCACAACUUCCUCCUGCUCUUCAUGAAGCUCAGGUGGUUCCUCAAGCGCUGGCGGCAGGGCAAGGUUUUGCCCAGCGAGGGGGAUGACUUCCUUGAGGUAAAUAGCAUGAAGGAGCUGUACCUGCUAAUGGAGGAAGAGGAAUUAAAUGCCCAGCAUUCUGAUAACAAGACCUGCACGGGGGACAGCUGGACCCAAAACACGCCAAAUGAGUACAUCAAGACGCUGGCCGACAUGAAGGUGACACUGAAGGAGCUAUGCUGGCUGCUUCGGGAUGAACGCCGUGGUCUGACUGAGCUUCAGCAACAGUUUGCCAAGGCCAAGGCCACCUGGGAGACAGAGCGGGCAGAGCUCAAGAGCCAUACUGCCCUGAUGGAGCUGAAGGCCGGGAAGGGGGCUGGAGAUCGGAUGGGGCCCGACUGGAAGGCAGCCCUGCAGAGGGAGCGAGAGGAACAGCAGCACCUCCUGGCUGAGUCCUACAGUGCAGUCAUGGAGCUGACGCGGCAGCUACAGAUCAGUGAGCACAACUGGGGCCAGGAGAAGCUACAGCUGGUGGAGCGGCUUCAGGGUGAGAAGCAGCAGGUGGAGCAGCAGGUAAAGGAGCUGCAGAAUCGCCUGAGCCAGCUGCAGAAGGCUGCUGACCCUUGGGUCCUGAAGCACUCGGAUCUGGAGAAGCAGGACAAUAGCUGGAAAGAGACACACAGUGAGAAGAUCCACAACAAGGAGGCUGUUUCUGAAGCUGAGCUUGGGGGAACCGGCUUAAAGAGGACCAAAUCUGUUUCCUCCAUGUCAGAGUUUGAAAGUCUGCUAGACUGUUCCCCCUACCUCGCAGGGGAAGCCGCCCGGGGCAAGAAGCUGCCCAACAGCCCUGCCUUUGCCUUUGUGGGCCCCCAGCCAGUGGACCCGGAGAAGGCUGCCCCAGAACAGCCAGGGCUCUCGCCACGUGAUUGCAACCGCCUGGGUGCCCUGGGCUGCCAGGAGCCGGCGGGGAGGCAGAUGCAGCGCAGCUACACGGCUCCCGACAAGACGGGCAUCCGCGUCUACUACAGCCCCCCGGUGGCCCGGCGCCUGGGCGUCCCCGUGGUCCAUGACAGGGAGGGCAAGAUCAUCAUCGAGCCCGGCUUCCUCUUCACCACAGCCAAGCCCAAAGAGUCGGCCGAGGAGGACGGGCUGGCGGAAAGCUCCUACAGCCGCUGGCUCUGCAACUUCUCCCGGCAGCGCCUGGACGGGGGCUCUGGGGGCGGCCCCUCAGCGGCCGGGCCCGGCUUCCCAGCAGCCCUGCACGACUUUGAGAUGUCGGGCAACAUGAGCGACGACAUGAAGGAGAUCACCAACUGCGUGCGCCAGGCCAUGCGCUCGGGCUCGCUGGAGCGGAAGGUGAAGAGCACAUCCAGCCAGACGGUGGGCCUGGCCAGCGUGGGCACACAGACCAUCCGCACAGUCAGCGUGGGCCUGCAGACCGACCCGCCCCGCAGCAGCCUGCAUGGCAAGAGCUGGUCGCCCCGCAGCUCCUCGCUGGUGUCCGUGCGUAGCAAGCAGAUCUCCUCCUCCCUGGACAAGGUGCACUCGCGCAUCGAGCGGCCGUGCUGCUCACCCAAGUAUGGCUCGCCCAAGCUCCAGAGGCGGUCCGUGUCCAAGCUGGACGGGGCCAAGGACCGCAGCCUGUGGAACCUGCAUCAGGGCAAGCAGAACGGCUCGGCCUGGGCCCGCUCCACCACCACGCGGGACAGCCCGGUGCUGAGGAACAUCAACGAUGGGCUGUCCAGCCUGUUCAGCGUGGUGGAGCACUCGGGGAGCACCGAGUCCGUCUGGAAACUGGGCGUGUCCGAGGCCCGGGCCAAGCCCGAGCCUCCCAAGUAUGGCAUCGUGCAGGAGUUCUUCCGCAACGUGUGUGGCCGGGUGCCAAGCCCCACUUCCAUACCCGGGGAGGAGGGUGCCAAGAAGCUGGAGCCCAUCUCCCCCGCCAGCUACCACCAGCCGGAGGGCAUGGCCAGGAUCCUGAACAAGAAGGCAGCCAAGUCAGGCGGCAGCGAGGAGGCCAGGCUUUCCAUGCUCCCCCAGAUGGGGAAGGAUGGGGUCCCUCGUGAUGGAGAUGGAGCCACGGUCCUUCCCAGUGAGGAUGCCGUGUGUGACUGUAGCACCCAGUCUCUCGCCUCCUGCUUCGCCCGGCCAUCCCGCUCUGCCGUCCGCCACUCUCCUUCCAAGUGCAGGCUGCACGCUUCGGAGUGCGCCUGGGGUGGGGAGGAGAGGGCAGCCCCCCCCAGCGAGUGACAGAGCAGCCGAGCUCCCCACCUCAACCAGCCCAGUCCCUGGACAGCCAAAGGGACCCCGCGGAGAGGAGACGAGGUGAGGGGCCCGCGCCCCCUGCAUCUCUCGCCCAGGAGGGACAGCAGCUGCACCACCGCCGCAGAAGAGCUUUCCCAUCCAGGUAAAGCGGGGCCUCCUGCUGACUGCUAGGUGGCGAUCUCUGACUCCCCAGGGGACGGCAGCGAGUGGGAGAAAGACCAAAACUGGGCUUCAGAAGCAUCUCCAGAGAGAUCCCUUGAGAGCUGAUCCGUUGGGGGCUGAUCCCUGGGUCAUAAGGGGAGAGCCUUGCCUGGUUCUAGCCACACCCACUUCUCAGAAGCGCCAAGGAAAGCAUACACUUCCGGCCACGCCCCUCAGGGAAAAGGGCUCACAGAGAUGUUCUCUGCCAACCACAUCCCUCUUCAUGGGGAGGAAACACCAAUGAGAAGGACAGGCUUUGCUCUAGGGCUCAACUUGGGGUUCUUGGUGGAGCUGAAAUGGGCAUCACCCCGUCCAUUUCUUCCCUCCACCGCCUCCUCCCAGCCCUGCUGCUCUGGAUUGCUAUGGCUCUAGGGGAUAUGAUAGGGCAGUAACCAGGGUCAAGUAUCUGCUUGGAGUCCUGGAGCCCUGGAUCUCCCUGCCCGUAGCUUGGAUGCAGCAAGGACUAGAAGACGAGGGGCUCAGGGUUGGAGAGCCACUGGAACUGCCUUUCUUGCCAAGGUGACUUGGGGGGCCCCAACCUUCCCAGGAGAAUCCUUGAAGACAGAAAUAGGUAAAGCCCAUCUCAAGACCUGGUGCACAGAUAAAUAAAUGCCUAAUUGCCCACUGCCUUGAUCGCUGGGGUCUCUUUCCCUGGCACCCUGGAGGGGCACCACAUCUCCACUGUGAUUACAUCCUGCAGCUGGUGGAGGGCAAAGACGUUCCCAGUAAGAGACUCCCAGAUGGCCAGGUCAGGCCGAGGAGCAUUCCGAGAGGCCAGUGCCUCAGGACAUGGCAAUAGACUGGGGCCUGGAAACACAUUUCUUGCCUCGGUUGUUUAUUUGAAUUUUUCUUACUAUAAAUAUUUAAGGUGGUUUUACUUUAUUUUAAUAAUUUAACUUACCCCAAAGCCCCUAAGGUAAUUUAUUGGAGGUUGAUACAUGUACUCUCGCCACUGGGACAAUGCAAGGCUUUAACACGAUGGACACGUGCAGGGUCCCCUGUGUGGAUGAGGCAACUCAGCAGCCGAGCUCUGGUCUCCAGGUCAGCUUUGGAGGGCCCCCCGCCCCAGCAAAGCUGGAGCCCUGCAGCCUGCUCCCCCAAAACUGCUGACCCUUUGGCCUCAGAGCACCACUUUACACUCAACACCCGGUACUUGCCCAACCCCCAGCCGUGAGUCUGUAAAUGCUCACAGACAGGGUGGAGGGCUGGACCACUUCCCAAACAUUUUCCAUUUUCUUUCUCAUUUUCCUCCCUCCCUCUGACACCUUUUUUGUUUCGAUGAGUCAAACACGGAUUACUAAGGCUUUAUCAAGAGCAUGGAGAUCUCUCCAAGUUCCCCAAGUGAGAACUCGCAGGAAAACAGGACUGAACUUCGAGAAUGUUGUUUAUUGCAGCUUUGCACAUGGAUCUGAGAGUGUCUGCCAGCCUGCCUCAGUUCUCACCAGCCUGCCAGCUUUUUCACCAGCCUCUCUCCUUAGCCUUAUGGGCUCUCCCGGCCCCAACUCCACUGCCCAUCCGCCCCCAUGUCCCAUGUGAGCAGCCUGAUACAUCGGAUGGAUUGCACCGUGGCUCACUGCAGUGUGGUGAUGGGGGAGGGGUACUCAGAUGGCCUCCCCCUUGGUGCCAGCGAACCCGUUUUGUUUACACACAUGCCCACACAUCCGCCUGUAACGGGCUGGGGGCUCAGAGUGGAAACACCAGGACAGAGUGGCUUAUCUGUGAAUUUGCCAUCAGGAAGACCAAAAGCCAGCGGCUUGGCUAAUUUGCCCCCAGGACUCAGGAGAUGCCUCUGCGCUCCCACCCACCAGCUCCCGGUCUUGCUCUUUCUGGGGCACCUGGACCAGUUACCCAAUUUCCUUCAUCGCCAUUCCCUAUCGGCAGAACUUGGCGUUACGUUAGUGCAAGCAGCCACUUCCUUGUGCCAUAGUGACCUGUGUGGGCAGAGCAGGCAGGCUGAUGGAGCCAUGGGCCAAUCCCGUCUAGGAUGCCACUGCCUACUCCCACCCCAGAGGUCAGGGGGCCCCUCCAAGUUUAUCUGCAAGUGAGGGGAUUCACACACAAGGCCACAAGCCACCAGAGGCCUCUGGCACUUCCCAGAGCUGCAGAGGGCCAGGGAGGCUGUGCUUCUAGCCUUGGGGAGAAAUCCUCGUGAGACCUGAACCCUGCGGACCGCUCAGCCUUACCGUCGUUCUCAUCCAAGAUUGUCCUUGCAUUCUCAUUGUCUUAGAGCCUGGCCACCCAGCCCUCAGCCAUUGUCAGAGACCCCAGAUCCUGGUCUUCAAUAAAGUCCCAGUUUCUGCUUCCCGCAUGCCACUUUGCAAGGUCACUCAUCACUGU